CAAAUGUCGUAAUGCCAAAAGUCAGAAUGUCAUUUUGCGAUUUCAAUUUCAGGAAUUUCCCAUAAGCCGAGCCGAAACUGCCGAAUUUCUAUUGAAAUAACAGAAUUUAACAUACAUAUUGUGUAUUAAACCUGUUUAUUUUUAUGUAAAAGUUUAAGCAUUGUAGCUUUCGCAUAAAAAACAAUGGCGGACAAUCAAGGUGUACCGGCAGUCGGCAAUCCAACGUCUACGAACAAGAAGGAUCAAGAGGCAUGUGCAAACGAGCCUGGUACGCAUACCGAACCUAUGGAGACUGCGGAAUCUCCUCAGGCGGAACAACCUGCCGAGGAUUGUCAGGAGAUCAUAAUAGUGAACGAGCAUACUACUGAACUAGAUCUAAACCACGGCAGAAUUGGGAAAAUCGAGAACCUUGAGCAUUUGAAGAACUUAGAAAGAUUAUACCUGCGAUGGAACCUGAUCAAAAAGAUCGAAGGUCUCAGCACACUGAGCACUUUGGUCGAAUUGGAACUCUACGACAAUCAGAUCGUGGUCAUGGAAAAUCUCGAAGGACUCAUUAAUUUGGAAAUGCUAGACUUAUCAUUCAACAGAAUUAAAGAGAUCGAAGGUCUAGAAAAACUGCUUAACUUGAAGAAGUUGUUCUUAAGCUCCAAUAAGAUCCACGAGAUCAAGAAUGUUAACCAUCUGCCCAAAUUGGAACUGCUUGAGCUGGGUGAUAAUAAAAUACGGGAAAUCAAAAACCUAGAAGGCCUGACGACCCUAAAACAGCUGUACCUGGGCAAGAACAAAAUAUCGAAAAUACAAAACUUAGAAGAGCUGACGGAAUUAGAAAUCUUAGUGUUACAGAGUAAUCGUAUUGUUAAAAUAGAGAAUUUAGAAGAACUAACCAAGUUGGAACAGUUAUACAUAUCUGAGAAUGGAAUCUCGGUUAUUGAGAACCUGAAUAACCAGGUGAAGUUGCAGACUUUGGACCUGGCCGUCAACAGGAUCACUGUCAUCGAAAAUGUUGGUCAUAUGCAGGACUUGGAAGAAUUAUGGCUUAACGACAAUCAAAUAACAGACUGGUCGUCAGUGGAUUACCUAAAACAGAAUAAGAAGAUUACCACAAUAUACUUAGAACGCAACCCUGUCGCCGCCGACCCAGCUUACAGAAGGAAACUCAAGCUAACCCUCCCGUCCCUGCAGCAGAUCGACGCCACAUUGUGUAGAUAAGAAUUUAUGUUUCAUUUAUUUAUUUGUAGUUAUGGUGGUGUUUAAAGAUUAAAUUAAUUAACUUUUCCUUAAUUCAAAUUAACCUUAAAAAUUU